UCCGGGCGGAAAGAAAUAAAACAGCUAGGGGGCUGUCCGAAGGAAACGUGAUAUUUCUUUACAUCUCAGCCAGGAGUGAAACGUUUACUUUGUGUUUUACCAAAAUGUGAAUAUGUCAUUUGAUAUAUGUGAAUUCAUGGUCGUUAAAUUUUCACGGUUCGGUGAGAAAGUGCUUUGGUGUUGGGCAUCCAAGCUCAGCAUCAGUCAAAAUCGUCACAACCCUGUGUUCAAGUUCUCGGAUUAGGCACUCCUUCUCGCCAAACUCCGUGUCUAUAUCAACAUUUCUCUAGGAAAGGGAUUCCUACACCUAAUAUUUGUAUAUUGUUUGAAAAGAUGAACGGCUAAAUAUCUUCAAUAUAGUGGUUCAUCGAUUGUUGUGAUUUUGACAGCUAACGGUUUUGUUGAUAACCGAUAACAGAGAAUGAUAUAAUGUAAUAAGUGUUAUUGAUAUUUUAACAGAUUAAAACUAUUAAAUACAAAAUGGACGAUAGUAAAAGGUUUACAACUCCACAGGAGGAGAUUAUAUUCUGGCGACAGACGGCAGAGCGUUUUAAACAUGAUCUGGAAGAUGGCAGGGAAGAGCUUGAAGAAUUCCAGAUCAGCAGUCGAGAACUAGAAGCAGAAUUAGAAACACAACUGGAACAGUUGGAAAAUAAAAACAAAGAACUGACUUCAGAUAGAUCUAAGUUACAAACUGAAAAUGAAUCUCUCAGGGAAAAGCUAGAGCACAUCCAGUCACAUUCAUUCAGGAAACAGACAGAGCUGGAGGAUGAUCUUGCUCAGGUGACGGCUUACAAGGACGAACUGCAGAAGUAUAUCAGGGAACUGGAACAGUCCAACGAUGACCUGGAACGUACCAAGAGAGCAACUGUGGUGUCUUUAGAAGACUUUGAGCAAAGAUUGAAUCAGGCGAUAGAAAGAAAUGCCUUCCUUGAGAAUGAGCUGGACGAGAAAGAAAACCUUGGGGACACUGUACAGAGGCUGAAAGACGAAGCUAGAGAUCUUCGUCAAGAACUUGAUGUAGUCACGGUGAAGAAGCCCACAGUCCCUAAGGAGCACUCGCUGAAGGAGCCCGAGUCUCCAGAUGGAACUAAGUCGUCACUGAGCCCCUCACCAGGCUCCACGGCCAACAAUACACCAACCGACGGCAACAAGUUGGUGGAUAGCGGCUACAUGGGCUCCCAGAUCAUGGCCUCAACACCUAGUUUUAAACGUCUGCCCAGUACCAGUGGAGGUACGCCCCUCACUCCCUCUGCACGUAUCUCCGCUCUCAACAUUGUUGCAGAUUUAUUACGAAAAGUUGGAGCCCUGGAAUCCAAGUUAGCCUCUUGUCGAAACUUUGUAAAGGACCAGCCAAGAAGUGGUAAGCCUGGAGGUACUGGUGGCAGUCCGUCAAAUUCACCGAGGUCUGACGUCCUGCAUGGUGCAAGACUAAGGGCAAAGAGGUUAAACCGCGGAGCAUCAGUCCCCCCUCAGCAGGGCGUGAAGAUACCAGUAUAGAGCACCGAGACUUUGUGACAUACGGCCAGUGUUGUGAGGAACAUGUUUCUAGGAUUGGUCGCUGCACAGAGACAGAGAACAGGAUAUUUGUGUUUCCUGGAGACCAGAAAAUUGUUUAUGUAUAAAGUGUGACGUCCUGGCAUCAUGCUGAGAGAGAGUGACAGCAUGAGCCUCAAGAGUUUACGGUGCCAAGAAGCACACAACUUGUCAAACUCAACUUUUACUCCUAGGCUGGAGUGGACAAAUUUGAAAAGAGGCGACACUGGACAUAUACAUGAUACAUGAUUGUAAUGAAAAAGGUUUCUUGAUGAGAAAUCGGAAACAAAUUUGGCCAAUUUGACGAUAUUUUUUGGUUUGACAUUUGAGAACUUGGUGUGACUAUAUAGCAUAAAUAAGCCUUAUAAUAUACUUGUGAGAGAAAUUGUUUUGAUCGUGUUAAGAACACAUUAUGGGAAACUACGUGGAUAUUGUGUGUUUACGAUGCAUACAGUAUUGCUGUUGCGAGUGCCGUACGUCUAUUUUACAGAAAAUACUGAUAUUAUAUAUAUAUAUUAUAAUAGCAGCUCUUUGACUAUAUAGAGUGCUCAUGUCGCUGUCAUAUUUGUGGUUGUACUGAAAUAAUUCCUGUAUGCCGGGAAAUUUUCACCACGGCGUUACCUUUGCCUUGUUCGACCUCCGUAAGUGGACGUACGUAUUUAUCAUGACACUAAAUAUAAGUAAACCAUGUUUCAAGUGGUGACAUGUGAAGGACGAAAUUAAUACAUGGGCGAAAAUAGAUUUUAACGUCAAAGGGCCAAAGUUUGACUGAACGGAAAUUUCCAGGUAUACAUUAUUCCAUAUUAUGAAGUGUUGUCAUUUUUUUAAUGUUGACGCUGAACCAUGCCUGAUUUGAGGGACCUUACGGGAGAUUUCUUUUUUCUUACUUUAUUUUUUUUCUUAUAUUUUAAGGAUAUAUCAUCUUUUUUUGAGCUGAUUUAAACACAUCAAAAUUUUGAUUCUAAAGCAACAUAUAAGUAUGAGAACAGAAUCAUAGAGUAAGGCUAGUAAGUGGUUGUUAUCUACUGCACAUAGUACAUUAAAUUAUCAAAACCAUUGUAUAUCUCAAAAUAUCAAUAUUGGUUCAUAUUGACCAUAUCACCCCUGUAUAAUUUUAGUAAACUCUGCUCUGCAUUGAUCUGGUGGAGUCCAUUCUGGUCUGCAGUGUUGAACUGGGGUUAAAUAUGCAUAUUGAGCUUUUUCUUACGUUAAAUGCCAUGCAUGUAAUAUGAAUUACAUUUCAAUACUCGAUAUUCACCUGGGUAAUGUAAACAUAUUUGUAUUUGUACUUGCAUAACUUUUGAUUCAGUUUUAUCAAAUACAACUAACUUUCCAGAGAUUUGAGAUUGAUCCUUAGUGAAUCUGAUCAGGUUUUUUAAAUAACAUAAUUUCAGAGAGAAACAAACCAUAAUACCAUUAACUCAUUCACCCCUGAAGACGCAUUUGAACUCUUCCAAUUCAAAGGUUGGAAUAGUGCAUUAUGAAAUUUCAAGGGUGAAUGGGUUAAGUAUUACAUUCAGUAGAGGUUAUAGUCAACAUUUAGUAGGGAAUUUAACUAGACAUAGUCUGUCAAUGAAAAAACAAUCUGUCAAUUUAUAUUAAACAUACUUGAAUUCUAAAUGAAAACAAUUCACAACAGCUCUCCAAGGUAUUUUAUACUGUCAGUAUUACCAAACAGAUAUUACACUAUAUACUACUAUCUGUACAUUCGAUGGUUACGUAUAUCAAGGAAUCUCAAACUGUAAUACUAAUAGGGCUAUAACCAAAGGAUCAGGGCACCUCUUUAUCUACACCACUGUUUGCACAGAAAAGCAAAUUUUUUUUUUCGUCAAAAGUCAAAUAUAGUUACUUAGAAUGAACAUGGGUUAGUUUGAAUCUAGUUUGGUAAAAUACAUUGAAAUUUAUUUUCAUCAUGGCUGCUUUCGUUUAACGCGAUCCAACGGCCAGUUGUUCAUUUAAGAAAUAAAGUCGGACCUACAAUGUAGUAAUCGGAUGCUAGCUCAGUUUUCAGGUGAGCCUUGACAAAGCCUUGCAAGGUCUGCAUGAACUUUUGCAGGUCCACCAGGAUUUAUCCGAAAAAAAUGUUAACAUUUAAAAUCAGACGAACCGCUUGUUCCGAUAAACGAACAGGCCCCAUGUUUAAGUCCUUUAAGGCCUUGUUUUGGUAAAAAUUUGAAAUGGAAUUUCACAAGUAUAAUGAAUACCUCAACUGAUACUAUAAACUAGUGCUGACCAUAACUCAUUUCACAUUUAGAAUGUUUGUUUGUAUUUUUUUUCUGUCUAGGUUCAUACAUUUUGGUUUUAGCACAUUAAUUCAGGGGCAUGUAUACAUGUAUAUAUACAAGAUAAAAAAACGCUGAGUCAGCAUUACUUGCCUUCUAUACAUAAAUUCUGAGGUAUUUGGAGUUUGUUCUGACUUUUUUCAUGCCUCAUUCAUGAUUUUGUUUGAAAAAGUCAAGAUAUUUUUUAUUAUUUUAUAACUUCAUUAAAAACAGUUCGUUUAUGAAAGUGAUCAGAUUAUCUUACUCAGUCAUAAAGAACAGGAUAAUGAGUUUGCAUCAUCCCUUAGGUGUUCUGACCAGAAGAUUUUGUGAACUGUACUUGACAUUUUUGAUUUGAUAUGUAAGUAAAUAAUGUGAUAAUUACGAACACAUCAUGUAUUGUACAUCCCAUUUGCAUCAGAGUUCUGUGUUUUUCCCCCAAGUUCUUGCCCCUGGCUACCUCUCUCAUCAUGCUGUUCUGGAAAUGGCUUCAGACUCAUCAUAGACUUAUAUCCUUACAGUGUCAAAUCAUCCCACACAUAAAUAUUAUAAUAAAUUAAUACCCUGCUUUAUGACACCGACAACUUCUGUCCGUGUUCAUCCGUAUGAUACUUAUCCCAUGUGUAAACUUGACACUCCCAAAAUAGAUUGACCUACAUUUUGUGGAGCUCUUGCAUUAGGACAAAAAAAUAAAAUGCUUUAUAGGUAAAUUCUACCUGUGAUUGAUAUUAAAUCUGCAUUUAGGAUCCCUGUUCUGCUGCCAAAACUGUAUCUAUGGACUUUUAUAAGUGUUUGCGAAUUGUUUCUGAAAAGAAAAACCAGACCUUAGACAUUUAACCCAUUCACCCCUGAAGACACAUUUUAGCUCUUCCACUUCAAAGGUUGGAAGAGGUGAUUGGGUUCAGGUAACUUUUACGACAAAAAAAUAAGGAUAAGUAAACAAAAUAAAAAUCAACAGAGUGAAAAUGCCAAGGGACCAGACCAGGAUUUGAACUCUGGGCCUCCGAUCGUUAAUCUGUCACACUAAACAGCUAAGCUAUCUUAUGAACCAUAAACGUAUGGCUUAAUCAUGCUAGUUAUUUCCAGAAUGAAAUUAAGGGGAGAUUACUCUACAUACCAAAAAAAAAAAAAUUGGAAUUCUCCUGCUUCUUUGCCUUCAGUGGGAUGGGGAUCCUAAAAGUCAGUGAAAAACUGCCAUGGCAAAUAUUAGGCUGUAGAAUUCAUGUAUUUAUACUUCUAAAAAAACACUUUGAAAAAGAAUUGUGUAGAUCUAAAUAACUUCUGCAGUGUAUGAAAAAUUCAGAUGAGGUUUUCUGUGAAUUUAAUUAAACGGGUUUGACACCGUAAAGAUAUUCAUUGUUUUUCCGAAUGGCACUGUUUUAUAAUUUGUAAUGUCGUUCCAAAUUCUAUUCUAUCUCAUUCCAUUGUAUUAUGGUAUAUAUUUGUUAUUGUCACGCUGUUAGUUACUCACCAUUGUUUCUUCUCAGUUUUCAAACCAGAUGUUUUUUUGUGGUGAUUCCAAAGACAUCUAUUAUUAUGCUUUAAUUAAUGAUUGUGUAAAUAACUUGUGGUAGGAUUUUUCUAUGCAAUAUCAAUUUUGAACACUCACUCAAGUAAAUUGCCAAAGUGGUGAGCUAAUUAAUACACUGUGCCAAAAGUAUUUGAUAUUUGCCUGCAUAUACUCUACAAUUCAUGCAUCUUUCUUUUUUUUUUUCAAUGAACUUUCCCAAUUAUUAUUAAUUAUUGCAUCAUUAAAAAUGAAAUUAGACACCCUGUACGUUUUUGAUCUGCUUAUGUUUCCAUAUUUUCUCGUGGAAGGAUUUGAAAAAUAUGGUUAGUUAUUCUCUGAAAUUAUGAUAUUAUUUCACUGCUAAUAUUUUGUAAAGCAAAGAAAAUAAUUGCAUAGUAAAAAAGGUCUCAUCUUACUAACUUUCCAUAACUUGAAAAUUACCGAAGAAAAUAGAAUGGAAAUAUUUUCAAAUAAUAAUAUUCAAAAUUAAUCUCUCGGUACGUGAAAUUUUGUUUCAGUUGCACUAUAGUAAGUGCCAGGAAAAUACCAAUGAAAAAAAGUAAAAUUGAAUGAAAUGUAGAAUAAAUCUUGGCAAAUCGCGAAUUCUUUCGGCACAAUGCUGUAUUAUUGUAAUUGUAAAUAAGAGCGUUCUGCUGUCUCAUGUACAGUGUAUAGAAGAGAAUUCAAUGUGUUCAGUUUUAGUAGAAAGUCAGUGUGUUACCUUAGUGUGUUACCUUAGUUCAUAGAACUGCCGAAAAAUAUGUCCAGUUUCUUUUAGUAAAUGUCAAUGAUUUUGUAGAUGUAAAUAGCGUACUUGAAGCAUGGAUAUAUUUAAACAAAGAUACUCAAACUAUAAGGUAUACAAUGAAUUAGCAUAGAUUAGAAUCUAGAUAGAUUUAACUCAUUCACCCCUGAAAUUUCAUAAUGAACUAUUCCAACCUUUGAAUUGGAAGAGUUCAAAUGUGUCUUCAGGGAUGAAGAGAUAAGGAAUCCAAAUUAAUUUCAGAAAUAAAUCCUUUCAAAAUGACACAAUAUUUUUUAGGAAUGGGUAGGGCUGUUUCCUUCAAAUAUAUAGAUUUUAACUGUCACCAUUUUCAUAAGAUAUACAAUGUUUAUAUCUAUAUUAUUAUAAUUCUUCGAUAAUAGAAAUGUAUAACACCAAUAUUGUCAAGUGUAUACAAACACUAUAUACUAAUUAAACUAUAGCAUUAACAGUAAAAACACAUGCACUCAGGUAAUUAAUAAAUUAUGAAUCUUACUUUUAUGAUAAUAAAUCCAAUUCAUACGCCAUAAAUAAUCAUCUAUUUAAGUCAUAAAUAUCAUAUAUUAACAUGUUUCAUCACAGGAAAAAAAGUGAAGUCAAAUUUAAACUUUAGUAAUGUGUUUUUUUCUAAAUAACAAAAUCCUAAACUAUAAUGAAGCAAUAAAUUAUAAGUUUUUUGAAUGUCAGUAUUUUAUUAAAAAGAUAAUAUGCAUUAAGUAAGUUUGGAAGUCAAAGUAAAAUAAAAAAAAAUGUGUAAUUUUUUGUUAGAAUAAUUACUUUAAUAAUUUUAUAUUUCUUCGAUAAAUAAAAUUUCAAUUAAUAGGUUUUGGUUUUGGUUGUAUGAAAAUAUAAUCUACUGAUGAAAAUAUGAUCUACUGACUGUUAGUAUAAGCAUGUGUAACUUAAGGGUUUAAUUAUCUUUGAAAUCAAGGAUUCUGCUCUUGAUACAAAAAUCUUCUUUUGCCCUUGAAACAUGUCUAUAAUUGAAAAUCAGAGGUUCUCAGUAACCUAUUUGAAUGGAUUUAGGUAUAACAACCUGACCAAUCGCUAGGCUGAUACCUGUCCUUUGGGGACAGAGAAGCUGCACCCAGCUUAAAAGCUUGUCAAUAUUACCGUUAUGCUGCCUCGUGAUUCCUUUAAUCUUUAACAAAGACAUUUGACUGGAGCUACUUGUAUUGUCCGCAGGUUGUUGGAUAAGAGCUUCAAUUUUGUCAUGAUAUUAUCCCAAGAGUAUACUGCAAAGACAUGUUUCAAAAGCAGAACCCUUUAAUUUCAAAGGUUGGGUUUAAACUGUGCCCUUUGAAUUCAUGAAUUUAUGUCAGUUUGUUAUCGGGGGUGGGGGUUUGUCUUUGUCAACCAAUUGUGAACUAAUUAAAAUUGUACAUAUUAAUUAUGAAAAAUAUCUAUAGGAAAUCAUGUGUAACAUUUGAUGGUGUUGUCGCAUGUGUGUAUCAAGGUUAGGGAAUGAGUGAUUUUGAUGUUGUUGCUGCUGUGUACGAAUGUUCUGACUCGUCAAGAUAUCAUAUAGAGCUUUAGAAGUAGUGUUUUGUUCCGAGUAGCCCUAUCCCGCUUCUAGCUGUAGAUGUAGUGAUUUAUCUAUAAAUAGGGUGUUAGUUCUUUAAAUGUCGGGAAGUCCUAAGGUCCUUUAUAACUCAUUCACCCCUGAAGACAUAUUUGAACUCUUCCAAUUCAAAGGUUGGAAUAGUUCAUUAUGAAAUUUCAGGGGUCCUUUUUAGUGCCAGUUUUUUUCACAUGUUGCAAUGUAUGUAGAAGAGGCUUAGCUUUUUUUUUUCAAAUUUUGCUUUUUCCCCCAAACUAGUUUUGAAGUUGUUUUUAAAGAAUUUUUCUCCAAGAUCAUGUGCGUAUCAAUUUUUCCUAACGGUGUCAGUGUCUUUGAUGUCAAUACAAUUAAUUAACAUGCAUGUUCAGUAAGAUAUGAAAAAAACUGCUAAGGAUUUAUGCUCUACAGUAUUACAUGUGUAACAGUUAACAUUGAUAGCACUAUCCUCUUUCAAGAAACAGGAUCCCAAAUAGUUUAUAUAUAUAUAUAUAAACAAACAUGUGAAAAAAAAUCCUGAAGAAAAUUGGGGUCCCUUGUAGUUAUUUAGCUUAUUCUGAUACAAAAACAAAAAGAGGGUAUGUGUGAUCAAUAAGUUUUGUUUCCAAGUUACCGUAAGCAUGACAUGUUUUAGUUUUGAACCUAUUGAUGCAAGCUUGAGGUGAUUCCUCGCCAUUUUGUAUACAGAACUGCAUGCCUACAGUGUAUCAUACAGUUUCACCUGAUCCAAACCACAUGACCCAAUAAAGAUCAUAUUUAGUACAAUGCAUAUGAUGUUCACAAUGUUUUAGUGUUCUACCUUUUUCAUUAGAAUGUACAAAAUCAUAACUUCUUGUCAAUGUUUAAUAUUUCAAUUAAUCUUAACAAAUUGAAAAUCAUGAUCCAGUAAAAAAGAAUUAUCGUACAUUUCUUAUAUCUCAUUUCUACAAAUCUCAGAUGUUUAAACCCCACCAUAUUGUGGUUAGUACAAGAGGUUGUCAGAUUUCUAACCCACAACUAAUACAUCGUAGAUUCUGUAAUAAUACUAAAUGCCUAAUCUGGCAAAAUAAUGAAAUGAUCCUAAUGUUAAAUUGAACUUCAUCGCUAAAGAGUUGAUGGUAGGUUAAAUUUUUAUCAUCUGUAUCAUCCUGCACAGUAAUAAAUAACUUAUUGUUUAUGAAGAGUCAUAGUCUAUCAACAUACUACACUUACAUAUGGUUUAACAUAUAAGAGAGGUCAGAGUUACUGAAAUUCAGCCAAACUAAAUCAAAAUGAAUUAAAAAAAGUGAUAUUUCAUUGUUACCUCAGUUAUAACUACAAUCACUCUUGCAAGAUAUUUUUAAAUGGAUUAUUGGAAAGGAUCUUCAUGUUAGGGGUUUUCAAAUGAAAUCCCAAGGGAACAGCUGGACCAAAAGGCAGGCUGUCUCCUCUUGCUUCCUAAAGAGUUGUGCUAGCUUUAGACUACAUACUAAUAUGCAUAAACAACAGACAAUAGGGCUUUGUGAUUUUCUAAUGCAUGUAAUAAACAUUCUUUUAAAAAUCAAAGCACUUUGAAAAGAUAUUAAAAAGAUGUCAUGAAAUAAUAUUCAAAAUGGAAAAAAAUCAAUAAUAUUUCUUCUGUUAGUAAAUUAUCAAGUAUGGUUCUUUUGUAAGUUUGAAAUUGGUUCCAAAAUAGUAAACAGUUUUUUGUCUAUUGAAAGUAUUUUUUCAACUUAAAAAGACAGUUAUUUUUAUAUUUAUUUUUCCUUUACCUUUUGUGUCAAGGUAAAGGACAUUGAUUUGGAGAUAUUAAAAUAAAAAUUAUGCAUUGUUCCAAGUAUAAAAAACUACUGUAUCGAUCAGUCAGCCUAUAAUAUGUAAUGUAUUUGUACUUUGCUUCUCUCAAUGGACACACCCAUUUACGCUUGACAAGAUCGCUAUGGUGAUCAAAGGUUCUUUUCUUUAUUCAAGCUUCAUACAUCAAUGGUAAUAUGGUAAUAAUAAACUGGUCAAAUAUUUA